CUUUCCGCUUUUAUUUACAGUUUUCUACGUAGUUCACAAACUCCCUAUCAAUCAAUCAAAGUCAGCACGCGGUCCAGGCAAACUACUACGACCGAACCGAAGUAUCGACACUGACCGAGACGCUGUGCCUAACAGGUUUCAAAUAUUGAGCACACGACGAAAACACAUCCGCACUGUACCACCAACACGUCAGAACUUGGUAAGGCGUUUUCACCGAUCAACUCGCUCCGAUCUUGGUUCGGAUGGUUCGGCCUACAAAGUCGAUCCCUUAAAGUAGCCUUGGUUUUUUGAAGCGCGUAACCAAACGGCAACAAAAUGACGAUCUGUAAUCUGUACAUCUUCGACAAAUACGGAACACUGCUGUACUAUGGCGAAUGGAAUCGCCUUAAACACUCUGGCAUUACGAAAGACGAGGAAGCGAAGCUCAUGUACGGGAUGCUGUUCUCGAUCAAAUCGUUCGUUAGUAAGAUAUCACCGAUGGACCCCAAGGCAGGCUUUCUGCACUACAAAACGAACAAAUAUGCCCUUAACUAUCUGGAGCUACCUUCGGGCGUGAAGUUUGUGCUCAACACGGACAACACUUCGACAGGCAUUCGCGAGUUUCUGCAAACCAUCUACAACAAGCUUUGGGUUGAGUACGUCGUUCGGAAUCCGUUAUGGACGAUGGGCACGCCCGUCACGUCGGAUUUGUUCGAGGCGAAGCUGAACGAGUUCGUGAAGCAAUCGCCACUAUACGGUUCGAAGAUAAUCUAGAAAAGUUAGUAUCGCAGCUUUCUCCUUGGCUACAACAAAAAACAUGCCGAACGCCUUCGUGUAGCAUGUGCUUGGGCCCGACAAACUUGCGAUCUCAGAAGCUCUUCAACCGCCAAUAUUCCGACAUCCAGUCACGUAUGCUUCGAUAGUGCUUUUCGCGUGCCAGCACCACCGUUUCCGGAUCCUUCGGGUUCGAAGCACGCAGAUCGAUAUGAUGGGCGCCUUCUGGGAUGAGUAUGAUUUUAAUUUUAUCGUUGCUUGAACGCAGCACACCUCCUCCAGACCAUGGAUCAAGCAGGCCGUUGCUGAAAACAAUGUUCGUGAUGCUACUACUGCUGGGACGGGAGAAAGAAAAUAAAGGUGACAUGAGUGAUAGUGACAAUGUAGCAAAUCACACAAAAUACAUGUAACAAGAACUAAAGAUAGCAACGCUAUACUGACCUACAAAUUGUA